CGAACUUUACAAACAACAUAAGACCAUGAGUGUGCUGCGUUGGAUUUACAUGUUGACAUCCUUUCUUACGUUGCUUGACACGAAAAGGACUCAAGUAAACGGAGUUUCGCUAUGCAGUUCUCCCUGUUUGUUAGUUUCUAACACAACGGAUAUUGUUACCAUGAACAUCCAAACCUCUUCUAUUAACUCAGUUGUAUUGGGUCUAACAAGAGCUGUUGCGAUCGACUAUCACUUCAAUUUGGGCUACGUAUUUUGGAGUGACGUCACCGAACACAAUAUCAAGCGUCUUCACCUCGAUACUGAUACUAAAACUACAAUUAUCAGCAAUAUUGGAGUUUGCGAUGGACUCGCUGUGCACUGGAGGACUUCCCAGCUAUUUUGGACAGAUACAACAUAUAAUACCAUAUCCGUAUCAGACCUAGAUGGCAAUAACCAAGUUGCAAUAGUUUCCUCUGGUCUCGAUAAACCAAGAGGGAUUGCUUUGGAUCCUGACAAUAAUUUUAUGUUCUGGACUGACUGGGGACUUAACCCCAAAAUUGAAAGAGCUACCUCGAGUGGAAAACAAAGGUCAGCCAUCGUUACAAUGAAUCUUUAUCAUCCAAAUGGUCUUGACCUAGACAAAGGAAAUCAACGCAUAUUCUGGGUUGAUGCAGCCUUGGACAGAGUAGAAUCCAUCGAUUACAACGGUGGUAACAGGAAGCUGCUAUUCCAACAGAGUGGUUUACAUCCAUUUGGGGUUACUUUGGUUCCACCCUUUUUGUUUUUUACCGACUGGAAUACAAACAGAGAGGUUCAUAAACUAGACGCCCUGACUGGAGAAGUGUUUCGAAGCUACACUAUCAAUGGUGGAAAGCCAAUGGGCGUCGUAGUUUACGAUGGCUCCCGACAACCAUCAGCGUCAAGUCCAUGUUCCGUAAACAAUGGAGGAUGCAGUCAUUUUUGCGUUCCAAAAGCCUCUGGUCAUGAGUGCAUUUGUCCAACAGGCUUGGCAGUAAAACAGAAUGGAAAAACGUGUGAAGAAAAAGAAAAUAAGUUUUUUCUAUAUACGGAUGCCAACGAGAAAUCGACGAACAUCAUUUCAUUGGAUGUCAACUAUUUAGUAUCCAAAACCUUGUUCGUGCACCUUGGAGAUCAUCGUCCUAUUGCUUUGGACUUUGACCCUCUUGAAGAUCGCGUUUACUGGACUGACGUAAGACAAGGGCGCAUCAUGAGCGCCUUCAGAAACGCAUCUUCAGCAAAAACUUUGUAUUUUUGUAACGUCCUUAAUCCUGAUGGCUUAGCUAUUGACCACGUGGGUCGAAACAUUUAUUGGACAGAUACUGGGACAGACAGGAUUGAAUUGGGUCGUCUUGAUGGAACAAAAAGGAAGGUCUUAUUCAAGGAUGCACUCGAUGAGCCGAGGGCCAUAAUACUUGAUGAAAGAAAUGGCAUGAUGUACUGGACUGACUGGGGAGUCAAUCCAAAGAUUGAGAAAGCCGAGAUGGAUGGCUCAGGGAGACAAUCCAUUGUUACAGGAAAUCUAGCCUGGCCAAAUGGACUGACCAUCGACCAGGCUACAAACCGUCUAUACUGGGUUGACGCUAAAUUGGACACUAUAGAGAUGACCGACCUUAAUGGAGCGAGUAGACAGGUUCUGUUAUCAUCUGCAGAUCAAAUACAUCCCUUUGGUUUAGCGUUUUAUGAAAAUGUGCUUUACUGGACUGAUUGGAAUAAGAAAAGCAUUCUACGUUACAAUUUAACCAGUGCGAAACAUGAAACGGUGAUUCCUGACCUCCAGCAACCGAUGGACAUUCACGUUUAUGAUCCAUCUUUGUCAUUUACAGGUCCUCACGCAUGUGCUCAAAACAAUGGGUUAUGCAGCGACUUCUGUCUACUGAAGCCAGGAGGAUACAAAUGCACAUGCCCAACAGGAAUUGUGCUGAAGCCUGAUGGGAGAAGUUGUGAUAAUGAUGGUUUCGAAAAAGCGAAUUUAGAAAAAUUCAUCGUCUUUCCUGAAGCUGAUACUCGAGAAAUAUACAGCGUUGCAAUCUCAGUAUCAGAGAGCCCUUGCAAACCUCUGCAAAUCAAAACAAACAUCUCUUCGCCCGUGGCGGUCGACUACGAUCCACUCGAUAGAAAAAUAUACUGGACAGAUGUCGCCCUGAAAUUAGUGGCAAGAGCUUUUCCUAACGGAUCUUCCGUUGAGGUCGUCGCAUACAACAAAGUUGAGGGGCCUGAGGGGCUGGCAGUCGAUUAUAUUGAACGGAAUCUAUACUGGACAGAUGCGGGAACCCGCAAAAUUGAGGUAGCACGCUUAGAUGGAUCAUCUAGAAGAAGUCUUAUAACAUCAGGAAUCGAAAGUCCAAGAGCCAUAAUACUCAAUAUAGCAGAAAGGAAGAUGUUUUGGAGUGAUCGCGGAUCUUCUCCAAAGAUUGAACAAGCGAACAUGGACGGCUCUUCCAGGGCGGUUCUUGUUAGUUCUGGACUUGUAGGGGUUAACUCACUAGCUAUAGACUACUCUGGAAAACUGUUGUACUGGUGCGAUGCAACUCUCGAUAAGAUCGAAAGGGUAGACUUUCAAGGGAAUAACCGAGUCGUUUUACUGGACUUGUCAUCUUAUAUUCGGCACCCAUUUGCACUGGCCUUAUCUGACAACAUUAUUUACUGGUCAGACUUGGAAAGGAAGAAUAUAAACAAAUUCAACAUUACUUCCUCUCUCAAUGAGGUUCUGGUUCAUGGGAUGAAGUCACCGAAGGAGAUGCACAUCCACGAUGACGCAAAAAUCUUUUCUGGAUCAACCAGCUGUUCGCAUUUAAAUGGGGGCUGUAGUCAUCUUUGUCUCCCAAAUCCAAGUGGACACCAGUGCUUUUGUCCUGAAGGAGUACUGCUAAAGCCUGGCGAUCCCUUUACUUGUCAAGGAGUUAACCGCUGUGCCCAUUUGUCUGUGCCUUCAAACGGAAGCUUACAUCCCUGUUCUAAUCUUCCUGGAAAUACCUGUCGGUUUUCCUGUGACAAAGGGUACAUUCUCACCGGAUCAGCAACGCGAACCUGUCAAGACGAUGGCACGUGGACCGACACACAGGCUAAAUGCAACGGUAGGAAUCCUGCUAAAGACUUAUUGACUAAAAAUGAAAACAGAGAUGUAAACCAACUUACAGACAGUCAGAGAUACAGACUGAUAGUUAUCAACUGUUCCAAGCUUGUGGUAAGUCCGGGAGAUCCGUUGCGCAUGAGCAGCUGUGGAUAUAACUUCGGAGCACAGUGUAACUUUUCCUGUCCCACUGGUUAUCGCUUAAAUGGAUCCUCAUCACUCAAGUGUGUUGCUCAAAGUGACAGUCCCCCAGGCGUUUGGGAUAAUCGUCUGCCAACCUGUCAUGCCAUUACUUGUCCAUCUCUUCCUAUCCCAAAACAUGGACAAAAGGUUGGAUGCAUUGAUCCUGUAUGGGAGCCUUAUGAUACCCAUUGUAGUUUUGCAUGCCAAGCUGGCUACAGUCUGCUUGGUUCCUCUGUCAGGCGGUGUCUACAAAACAGCACAUGGAGUGGAGUUGCAUCAUCAUGUCAAGAUAUCCAGCAUCCUAGAAUUCAAUGCCCACUUGACAUGACAACUCCCACAGAAACUGGUCAGUCAUAUGCGAACGUAACUUGGAAGUUACCAGUCCCCACGGACAACUCUAACGAACAUUUGAUUCUUACUGGCUUGACGCCGCCGCAGAAGUUUAAUGUUGGUACAAAUCACAUCACGUACAAAGUCACUGACUCUUCCGGGCUGAGUUCAUCCUGUACUUUCUCGAUUCAGGUCAAAGAUAAAGAGCCACCCAGAAUUUCUCCCUGUCCCGAAGAUGUACUCAUUACUUCUGCAAAGCAAUGGACUAAGGUGUGGCUACCCAGAGUUGAGGUCACCGAUAAUGUUGGUGUUCACUCAUUUAUUACAAACAGACCAAACGGAAGCGAGUUUACAUGGGGACAACACAAUAUAACAUAUAGUGCUACAGAUACAGCUGGUAAUACAGCCACGUGCAAGUUCCGUAUAAUAAUUAAGGAUUAUGAAUGUCCGAAGCUGCAUUCACCACUGAAUGGAGCAAAAGCAUGUGACUUAUGGCUGGAAGGUGGUAAGAUCUGCACACUUCACUGUAACGCUGGAUAUGACUUCGCUAACAAACCACCAGAUGCCUAUUUCUGCGGUGCGUCAGGUGGAUGGCUGCCUGAUGAAAAAGUACCAGAUUGCUCAGAAACACGCCAGCCGACGACUCUGCUCAAAAUUCAGCUCCACUACCUAGCUGAUCAAUGCAGCGAGCAAAUUCAUCACCAGAUCGCCAGCAACUUUAUUGCACUUUACACCACUUAUUUGGGACCAGACAAUGGCUGCGAUUCACUCGGGUUAUGCACAAUCGAAAACGUCGAGGUCGAAUGUGGAGACCAGACAGGAACACUUCGAAAAAGAGACUUAGGAAGUAAUCCGCUCUCAUCAAGAAUUUCACUUUCCAUUAGUUUUGAUUUCAAAGUUCCACUGCCCAGGAAUACGACUGCAGCUGAUCUUAAUCAGACAACUGAAGAAAUUUCCAGUAACCUAUUAUUAAAGUUUAACAGAACAGAUGUGAAUCUUAAUAUCAGUGGGAUUUCCUUAGUUUUCGAUGCUUCAAAACCACCUCAAGUCCGCUUCGUGCGCCUUUUAUGUGAUAGUGGACAGGUUCUAAGAGGCUCCAAAUGUGUGAGCUGUCCUGUUGGAUACUUCCACAAUACUUCAGAGUGCCAGGCAUGCGCAGUGGAUCAUUACCAGGAUAAAGAGGCGCAGACUUCUUGUGUUCCUUGUCCAUCCGGGACAUCAACGUUUGGCGCGUUAGCAUCUAGAUGGCAGGGAAACUGUGAAGCAAAUUCCAAAACGUCAAAUACCGAUGGGAAAGGGACAUCUGGUCACCUUCUCAAUGUCAUCAUUGCCAUGGCAAUAGUUGUACCUGUCAUUGUAAUAGUUGCUGUCGCCAUCUUUUGUGUGUGGAAGCAUAGAAUAAGACCUCGGCGAACAACGUCUGAAACCAGGGGACACAACAAUCCAGCAUAUGAAGAUCCAAUGAAUAACCGUGUCUAUGAGGAAAUUGAAGAAUUGCAGUUUCCGAGUCCUCAUUCCCAUUAUCAGUUACUGAACACGGAACCACAUACUUACGCGGAGCUUCGAAACAGUCACUCUCAAGCCUAAGGAAAUAGUUUGACGAGUUCAGACAAUCUGAGUUGAGAUUCUUUUUGUUAUAGUCCUACCUUCACCGGUUUAAGCCGUGGAUAUGCAAAGCAUAGGAAAAAGCAACGCGUUAACGCGGCCUAGGAAGUCUGGGGAGAGCAUAUAACUUACAUAGGAUGUCAACCCAAUCUUGAUUAUGGCAAAUCAAUUGGGGUGGGCUCUUGUGGGGAUGCCGGCUAAUUUUGUGCCGAUAAUGUACUACGAAAUAGCCUUUUUAUCAGAACGUCAACAACUGAAUAUUACCUCUCAAUACUUUCUUAGGAGAGUAGAAAUUAAAUGUCAAGGUUUUUUAGACUUCACCCGACGAAACAACAAAUUAUAUUCUGCACGUUAUAUCCACGAGUUCAUCAUAGUGUCACUUGGAUCUUGUUAUACAGUAUAUAUUUAUGGGCUCGAGUGCGGAAGGUGCAUAAGGAUUAGAGGAAAGAGUCAAUACUUCUAAUAGGCAUCGAGGGAAGCGUUAUCACGAAAAAAAAAAUGCCCGCAAUUCAACGAUAAAACCGCCCACGUAGACAAAUCAAAUCCAAUCCCUUGGACAGUGUCAUACGUUAUAAUCAGAGAUACACUCGAGGUGAAAUGUAAAUUACGAAUUCAGAAUAAAAUGUUUCACUCUUA